AUGUUAAGUAAUUUGAUCAUACUUACUAUUAUUUUUGCUAUUCGAACAGCUGACUCAAAUCUUCCGUGUAAAUUUAUAGAAACAAUUAAUAUAACCGAUGGCUUUAAAGACAGUAACGAUCAUUUUAUUUAUAAAAGUGAAAUAUUCCCCCUUGGAACUUAUGAUGAAUUUGAUUACAUUGAAGAUUACGCGUAUGUAAAAAUUAGUGUCAAUCCGCACAUUCGUGGAUGUGUUUGCAAGCAAAAGCAGUGCCUCCGAUUUUGUUGUUUAGAAAAUGACACUGAAAAUUGCCUCCAAUCGAAUGAGUUAAAUGUGUUUAAUGAAGAUAAUGAGGAAGAAACAAUCAAUAUUAGUGAUAAUAAAUAUAGUAUCCUCCUCGGCCGAUCAUGUAAAGAUAUGUAUGAGCUAGAAAGAGAUGCUGGUGAAGAAUGGAAGUUCCUUAAUAAUGGAUCACUGCUAUUGGAUGACAAUGUAUUUGAUCAUAAUGAAUUUUGUGUUGAGAAAACAGAUGAUUCCAAUGCAAUUGUUUAUGUCUGCUUUCCAGAACAGGAACAAGACUUUAGAGACAUAAUUCAUUCAAUUGGCUUCUUCAUAUCAAUUCCAUUUUUAAUUAUCACAUUCCUCAUUUAUGCGAGCAUUCCAGAGCUGCGAAAUCUUCAUGGUAAAUGUUUGAUGUGCUAUACAUUUUCACUUACUGUAUUUUAUUCUUUGAUGCUGAAGCUGAACAUUUUUAAGCAUCUGGAAUUGAGGAAUGGGAUUAUGACUGCAGUUUUGAUUUAUUUUACAAUUUUUCUGAGCUUCUUCUGGGUGAACAUCAUGUGUUAUGACAUUUGGAGGAUUGCUAGAAAUGGCAUCGCAAAACGAUCGCAAGUUGAAGGUCAAAAAAUGUUUAUAAUUUACUGCAUUUAUGCGAUUGGAAUUCCACUUUUGAUGACAAUAACUGCGGUCUUAAUCAAUCAUCAUCAGCUUUUUCAUCAUGAAUAUUUACCCAUGUUUGGAGAAAAUGACUGGAUGCAUCAUGAGCUGAAAGCACAGGCUAUUUAUCUUUAUAUUCCCAUUGGGAUUAUUAUUAUUAUCAAUAUUAUGCUAUUUUUGGAUACAGCUAGGAAAAUAUGGCAAGUUCAGAGUACGAUGAGUGAUGAAAGUUCUACGAAAGGACAUGGGAUUCUUAGGAGAAGGUUCUCCGUCUAUCUCCGUCUAUUCAUCAUUAUGGGGCUGAUGUGGAGCAUGGAAUUAAUAAGUUUUGUUUAUCAAAAAAUUCACAUUUUAUUCUACAUAACUGACUUUUUCAACUGUGCUCAAGGAUUCGUGAUAUUUCUUGUUUGCGUUUGUGAUAAGAGAACUCGAAAGCUUUUUAGAAAGAGGUUCUUCGCAUCCACAACAACUAAAGACGAGUCUUUGACCUCCGCUAUUGGCACCUAUGAUGAGACGCUAAAAAUGACAGCUCUUAAAAUAUAA